AUGGCUAUUCCCAAUACCUAUGGGCUAAUCUUUGCCUGUACCUGUGGUGUGAUCCUGAGCACUGGGCUGUGUGCCAACCUGCUGGUCUUCUCUUUGUUUGCCAAACACAACACACUGCGUAAGAACCGCCUCGAUAUCCUUCUGCUCAGCAUGGCUCUGGCUGACUUCCUAACCCUCCUGCUCAUCCCCUUCACACUGCACUCUGCUGUAAGUCAAUCCUGGCCUCUAGGUGACAUCUCUUGCAAGAUUUACCAGUUCCUGCUAGCCUUCAGUCUUGCAGCAAGCACCUAUUCGCUGUGUGCUGUGUCCAUGACUCGAGCCAUGAUCAUCACCAACCCAUAUCAGCCUCCCACCAUAGAUCUGGUUAUUCUUAUGUUUGUCCUAGUCUGGGCCCUCAGCUUCUUUAUUAGCCUGCCUCUGCGAAUGUUUGCUACCAAAACGAGUGUAGGCCCAAACCUGACCAACUUCUCCUUCUGCCUUCCAACGAUUCAUGAGCACCACUACCAAGUAGUCCUAAGCCAGUUUGUACUUUACUACUUUGUUCCAAUGCUAGUCAUUGCAUUCAACUAUGUCCGCCUGGCUCUAUUUCUCCACAAGAGUCCUGUAAUGUCAGUGUCCAGUGCCAAAAACACCCGCAGAGCUUCUGCCAUGGUGUUCUUGGCUGCAGCUACCUUCUCUGUGUGCUGGCUGCCUGGUUAUGUGCUGGAGCUGUGUGUGUACCUGGGCCUGUAUCGCCACGGACAGGCUUGGGAUAUAUUCUACUUCAUCUGUACUGUGCUCCAGUACCUGCACCCCUGCAUCAACCCAGUGGUCUAUGUGCUGCUGUCUAAGCGCUACCGCCACAGGAGGGCAGCCUGGCUCUUCAGCUGUACCAGGAACAGAGUGCAGCCACAGGUCACCAGUGUUACCACAGCCAGCCUUUAA